AGAGGAGACCUCACGUGACCAGGCUUUAAAGAAAGUUUGGGGGAAGGGUCCCAGAAAUAAACGAAGGGAGGAAGGAAAGAAAGGCGCCGUGUGGGAGCCUCAGGAGAGGGUCUGGGAGGCGGGAGGCUGAGCUGUCCCCCUCCCUCCUCGCUCCCUCCCUCCGGACCCACCCCGGGAGGAGCAGCUGUCGGAAUCCAGCUGCAAUUUUUCAAACCAAUUAAGGAGAAGUGCCUCGGUCCCAGGAGGGAGGGCUGUCGGCCUCUCCUGAGUCAGCAGGCACAGACCAGGACCUUUGGGGACGCGAUCUGAGGGCUGUAAUUGAUCCCCUUUAAGGAAGAAAUCAAAAGUAGCAGCAGCUACUCUUCAGACUUUAAACUACUGAAGGGGCUUUCAACAGAGGUUUUCCACGGAGCGCGCGGCUUCCUGGCUGCCUUAACUGUCUGUACGCCGGCAGGUUUCCCUCUUCAUUCCCAUUGUCUCCUGCACAGGCCUCCUGUCCUGCAUUCAGCAAUGAACCUCCUCGAACUUGCAUUCGGUGUGACAUUGCCAUCCAAAACAAAGAGGCCCAAGUGCCUGCGGGCCGAGAAAACUCACAAAGACUUUGUGCGGGGUCUGAAACCGCCAAUCGUCAGUUACAAUUGAGUGGAAACAAAGCCGUGGAAUAAGGCAGAGACCGAGAGCCAACCCCCUCUUCGGUUAUUCUGUAACCCUUGUAGGCCAAAUCGCUCGAUGUCCCCCAGUUUGUUUGGCAUUGUGUGGAUGUUUCUUCAGAAGAAAAGCCCGACGUACCUGAUUUACCUCCGAGACUGAGAUCAGAACAGGAAGAUCCGGGCUUCUGACCCCGCCCUUGGGGAAGAAGAGACAGGGGUCUUGCUGUGUUACCCAGGCUGGUCUCAAACUCCUGACCUCAAGCAAUCCUCCCACCUCGGCCUCCUGGAGUGCUGGGAUUGCAGCACCUGGGUUCUGCGCAGAUUACAUCCCAGAAACCAGGAAUUGAUCUAGCAAGAAAGUUGGAGGUGACCAGAGGAGCAGGGAGGAGGAAAACUGCUCAAAGUUUUUUAGUUAAGAAGAAUGAGUGAUCGUUGCUUGGCUACUCCACAGAUGCAUGGCAGAGCAGCUUCUUCUGGAUCCCUCGCCCUCUUGUAAGCUGGGAGCUCUGGUGAGUGCUUCUCAAAUCUACCAUCUCUUCCUGAGUCAAAGAGGAGAGGAACUGCUGACAUCCUGUGAGCCAGAGCACCUGAAGCAAAUCCAUUUCCAGCUUGAAUAGCGUAGGAUGCUCCAGGAAGAUGUAUCACCAACAUUCUGCUGUUUUUGAACUGGGCCUUUCCAUGUGAUGUUUUCCUUUUAUAACGGUGGCAGGAAGCGGUCCCUCUGAAGGGCCUGACCGAGGCAGUGAAUUUACAGCUUCAGACAUCCACCAAAGAGCGGCUGCGUGGGCUCCUAAGAAGUGUUAACUGUUCAGAAACCCGGCGCCGCCAUCCCCACUCCACCGCCGCCAGGGGCGCACAGCAGCAGGUAUGCGGCCGGAGGGAAGGGGCGGGGCGGGAGGAAGGGGCGGGGCGUCCCCGCCAGCAGAGGCCGGAAGGACCAGGAACCCAGGAGAGCAUGGCCACUCUGCGCCGGCUUCGGGAGGCGCCGCGGCACUUGCUGGUUUGCGAGAAAUCCAACUUCGGCAACCACAAGUCGCGCCACCGGCAUCUUGUGCAGACGCACUACUAUAACUACAGGGUUUCAUUUCUCAUUCCUGAAUGUGGGAUACUAUCGGAAGAACUGAAAAACCUGGUCAUGCACACUGGACCCUAUUACUUUGUGAAGAAUUUACCUCUUCAUGAAUUAAUUACACCCGAAUUCAUCAGUACCUUUAUAAAGAAAGGUUCGUGCUAUGCACUGACAUACAAUACAAAUAUUGAUGAAGAUAAUACUGCUGCCCUGCUACCAAAUGGAAAAUUAAUUUUGUCACUGGAUAAAGACACUUACGAAGAAACUGGACUUCAGGGUCGUCCAUCUCAGUUUUCUGGCAGAAAAAUUAUGAAAUUUAUUGUUUCCAUUGAUUUGAUGGAAUUAUCCUUAAACUUGGAUUCUAAGAAGUAUGAAAGAAUAUCUUGGUCCUUCAAAGAAAAGAAGCCAUUGAAAUUUGAUUUUCUUUUGGCUUGGCAUAAUACAGGUUCAGAAGAAUCAACAAUGAUGUCAUAUUUUUCCAAGUACCAAAUUCAGGAGCAUCAGCCAAAAGUAGCACUGAGCACGUUGAGAGAUCUCCAGUGCCCAGUGCUGCAGAGCAGAGAGCUGGAGGGAACGCCAGAGGUGUCCUGCCGGGCUCUGGAGCUGUUCGACUGGCUGGGCGCCGUCUUCAGUAACGUCGACCUAAAUAAUGAUCCUAAUAAUUUCAUAUCAACCUAUUGCUGUCCUGAGCCAAGCACACUGGUGGCAAAAGCUUAUUUGUGUACAAUCACUGGCUUCAUACUUCCAGAGAAGAUCUGUCUCCUAUUGGAACAUCUCUGUCACUACUUUGAUGAACCGAAGUUAGCUCCGUGGGUUACAUUGUCCGUUCAAGGCUUUGCAGACAGCCCUGUUUCUUGGGAAAAAAAUGAACAUGGUUUUCGAAAAGGAGGAGAACAUUUAUAUAACUUUGUGAUUUUUAAUAAUCAGGACUAUUGGCUUCAGAUGGCUGUUGGGGCAAACGAUUACUGUCCACCAUAAAAAUAAAAAAUUAAAAAUCGUGUUUGCUUACA